CACUUCGCUAUCAUUUGCUUUCUAGGAGGAUGUGGAUGAGAAACAGGAUACCCAUGUUCAUCAUUACCCGGGUAUAUUCCUAUUGCGAUUGCCAGCCGGAGAAUCCUCAGUUUACCUGCUUUGUGCAACCGAUGUACAUUUGCAAACAAGUCAACAGUCGUAUCAUCACCGCCUGGUCUGGAAUCAUCAUAGCAUCAUCUGUGGCUGCUAUCUCCGCUUGACUUUACCGGGGGCAAAUAUCGCUGGCCAAAUCCCAAUGAAGGGAAGAUCCAAAGUGUCGGUGUGAUCGAUUUAAGUUUAACUUCCUUUCUUCAUGGAGGGUAGCAGCGAGCCAAUUUUCCGGUUAUCAGGAGCUGUGCUGUGGGCAUUG